GUGGGGGGGUGUGACUGCUCUUUCUGAGAGAGGAGAGAGGAGCCGAACCAUACAGCAUCGUCAGUGAGUAAACCCCAGACUGGCAGACAGACCCCUCUGCAACAGCAAACCAAGCAUCGGCCGCAGGCAGGGAGGCAGGCAGGCGCGUCCCCUCCUUCUCUCUCUCUCUCUUUCUCUCUCUCCCUUCCUCCUAUUCCUGCAUCUCCUAUCCUCGGCUAGCACCGCACCGGAUCCCGGCUUCUCCGAACCUGCCACACCGCCAAGUCCAGCGUGCCGCCUCCGCGGGGAAAUACUGGACCUCCAGACGACACAGGCGUCAUAACUCUCAGAAACGGGUUGUUAUUUUGUGCGGAUUAUAACCAGCUGAACACUAGAUAUUACACUGCUGCUGUUUUUUUUAAAGAUGGAUUUGUUUUGUGUUGCCUGUGGGAUACAAUCGAUUUGCUAUUGAAACUGAAUCAAAUUAAAUUCGCUUGCGGUGUUUUUAUUUAUUUAUUUUGGCCACCGAUUUCUCAUCAGAUUCCACACUUCCACGUGUUCUAUCCGCUCGGAACUCCCAGAGACAAAAUCUUCAGGACGGAAAAUUAUUCCCACGUUUCUCUUCCAAAAGCUGCUUUUGAAUUUUUUUUUAAAAACACACAUUUUCUACAGAAUACCUGUUCACCGGACGCUUCUCGUUUCGGGUUCAUUUAUCUACCGCCACGAUGUACAUUGAAACACCGCUGUCUUUGGAUGGGGCAACGCUGACAAACAUACAAGGAAACCAUUUCAAUUCACAGACUGCCCUUGGAAACAGCGCACUGUGUUAAUGUCAUUAUUCCUAUUACGAUUGAUGCGCUUUUAAAUAUAUAUUUUUUACAAGAAAGGGAGGGGUCUUUUUGGGGGGGUGGUUUAAAACACAACGUUGUUCCAGUUCGUCUGUCCUGUGCUCCUAGUUAUUCAGCAGCGUUGCACAGUACAUUUACUGGGUUAGACACGCUGGACAGUAAGGGGUUAAAUAUAUAUCCUUUUCAGAUUGAUUUAGUUUGUUGCUUCGGACAACUGUAGCAAGUAAGUUUUGUUCAGUAGAUGUAGCGAUUGCAUUACUUGGGACUAACUCGUGUGUGUUUUUGUGAAGCAGGCAGACAGCGUGCGAUGCUUUGUAUAAUAAGGCUGGGCUUGUAUGUACGGCUUCCCUACAUUUGACCGAUUUUUUAUUGGGGUGGUUUUGGGGGGUACCAUUUUACACACUGGCAAUACAAAAAAUAAAACUUUGCAUUUGCAAUCGGAUCAAAUAACACUGUCAUAUAAUAUCCAUGUUUCACAGAGCGAAAUCCUCCGGUAACACACCGUGCUGCUGCUGAAUUGGACAGUCCUGUCUCGAUCAUUCACAGGCGCGCUGAGAAACACCCCCCUCCCCGGAGCUCGCGUCCCGGUUCUUGCUUCUCCAUCAUUUGGAAUAACCUGGGCAGGGCAAUACCCUACAAGGACCUGGUCGCGGCUGAGAUGGAUCUCAAAGCGGAACCGGAGGAGGACGACUGUCCCCGGCCCACCCCGCUGGACGUGUUCGCCGGCACAUCCACCCUUCACGGACUGGCCCACAUCUUCACCUACGAGCGGUUCGGCAUGAAGCGCCUCCUGUGGCUGCUUUUGUUCCUCGGCUCCUUCUCGUUGUUGUUGUGCGUGUGCGUGGACCGGGUGCGGUACUACUUCGCGUACCCCCACGUCACGAAGCUGGACGAGGUGUCGGUGCCGCGCAUGGACUUCCCGGCCAUCACCUUCUGUAACCUCAACGAGUUUCGGUUCAGCCGGGUGACGCGCAACGACCUGUACCACGCGGGGGAGCUGUUGGCCCUUCUGAACAACAGGUAUGAAAUCCAGGAUCCUCACCUGGCUGAGGAGAGUGUGCUGGAGAGUCUACAGGACAAGGCUAACUUCCGCAACUUCAAACCCAAACCUUUCAACAUGCGUGAGUUUUUCGACCGGACGGGUCACGAUAUCAAGGAGAUGCUGCUGUACUGUCGAUAUCGGGGCGAGACCUGCUCUGCAGAGGACUUCAAAGUGAUUUUCACACGCUAUGGGAAGUGCUACACCUUCAACUCGGGGCUGGACGGCAAGCCUCUGCUCGUGACAAUGAAAGGAGGGACAGGCAACGGGCUGGAGCUGAUGCUGGACAUCCAGCAGGACGAGUACCUGCCUGUGUGGGGCGAGACAGAUGAGACCUCAUUCGAGGCUGGGAUUAAGGUGCAGAUCCACACUCAGGAUGAGCCCCCCUUCAUCGACCAGCUGGGCUUCGGAGUGGCGCCUGGCUUCCAGACCUUUGUAUCGUGCCAGGAGCAGCGGCUGGUCUACCUUCCCCCUCCCUGGGGAGACUGCAAGUCCACGCCCAUGGACUCGGACUUCUUCGACACCUACAGCAUCACCGCCUGCCGCAUCGAUUGCGAGACGCGCUACCUGGUGGAGAACUGCAACUGCCGCAUGGUGCACAUGCCAGGAGAUGCCCCAUACUGCACCCCAGAGCAGUAUAAGGAAUGUGCUGAUCCUGCCCUUGAUUUCCUGGUGGAGAAGGACAAUGACUAUUGCGUGUGCGAGACACCGUGCAAUAUGACACGCUACAACAAGGAGCUGUCCUUCGUACGCAUCCCCAGCAAAGCGUCCGCUAGGUACCUGGCCAAGAAAUACAACAAGUCCGAGCAGUACAUCGCGGAGAACAUCCUGGUUCUGGAUAUCUUCUUUGAGGCGCUGAACUACGAGACCAUCGAGCAGAAGAAAGCCUACGAGGUAGCAGGUCUGCUGGGAGAUAUCGGGGGGCAGAUGGGGCUGUUCAUCGGAGCUAGUCUCCUGACUAUCCUGGAGCUCUUCGACUAUCUGUAUGAGGUGGUGAAGCACAAGAUGCGCCGGGCCCUGUGUCAGAAACAGCACAAGAGGAACAACAAUGACAAGGGAGUGGUGCUGAGCCUGGACGAUGUGAAACGUCACGUCCCAUGCGAGAGCCUACAAGCCCCGUCCACGUACCCCGGCAACAUCCCACCUCAUCACCCUGGGCGGAGCAACUUCGAAGACUUCACGUGCUGAGCCAAUCAGAGCAGUCGAGGGAGGCGGCACCUUCCAAACUACUAAAGUCAUAACAACCACAUAUCCAACACAAAGGAGGACGCACACGGGAAAGGCUUUCCCCCGGAUCGGAAAUAUUUAAGGGACUAUUACAGAAUAUAGAGGAAAAUAUAUACAUUUGAGGGACUGAUCAAAACACUCUACUGACUUUUAAAUACAUUUAAAAGAAUGGAAGAAAAAAAAAAAACGAACACAAGCCGGGAAACGUGUAACUCAAUUUGUGCGUUUGCCCCGGCUCCAGUUUCUAUAUUUUUUCUUUUCUAAUCUCAGAUGGGCUGUGGCCGCUUCAUUAGAAACACCUUGACCCAGGAGCAGUAGUAAUGCAAUUGUCUUGCUUAUGAAACUGGUUAGAAGUGCUGCUGGUCUCUAUUCCUUGUAUACAAGUUUCUUAGCAGGUAAUGAUGCUCCCCUCAUUACCAGGAUGUUCCUUUCUGUGGCACUGCAGCCUGACUUUGGUAUUGGGAAUUUGCAGUGGAUUUCUUUAGGCAUGUAUCUGUGUCAGUUCUUAUGGAAAAAAAAAACACAACACAGACAGCAGUUGUAUUUCUCUCCAGUAACUCCAGGGUUACAGCUGGGCAGUAGCAGAGGUAGAACCAAUUUGAAAUGGGUGUGGGCCAGCGAGUGAGAGUGUGUGUGUGUGUGUGUGUGUGUGUGAGCUUGUUUGUGUAUGCAUGUACGUCUCUAUGUGUGCAUGCACGGAUCAGUAUAUCAUUGUGUGUUUCUGUAUAAGUGUCUGUUUCUUUCUGUGCACUAUCAGGUGUCUCUGUGGGUAUGUGUGCGUGUGUGGGUGUGCUUGUGAAUAAGUGGGUGACUGUUGGACCAGUGUGCAUAUAGCUUCCUUCUGCACUGAAAAUCACAUUCUAUCUGUACAGCCUUCUUCAGGAAUAGCUUUGAUAUAGCAGUGAGCAUGAUUAGCUGUGUAAGUAUGGAUCUGUCCAUAAUGUUAGCGUGUGGUUCUGUGUAUAUACUGUAUGUGUCUGUGCUGGUGCAAUUCUGUGUGUGUGUGCAUUACAGUCCAUACACAGCAAGUCUCUUUUUAUCUGGAAUGAAUGAAUGCAGGAGCUGUCUGCAUGCACCCCUGUUCUAGUAAACUGAAAGAGGUAGCUAUCUCAUUGAGUUUUUAAAAACUGGUAGAAUAACUAAACAAUAAACAUGUAAAAUUAGACAGCAUUCAUUUUGCCGCUGUAGGACGUUUUGGCGUCCUGCAGUACACACACAGAAUUGGCAGCUAUUUAGGUUAAGAUUUGAAUUUCACUAUAGCUUGCAUUUUAAUAUGUCUCUCUGUAUGUAUAUGCAUGAAGGCUUGUCGAUAUUGAGUCGAGUAGGGAAGGUUGUGUGUGUCUAUGCUGGAGUGUGUGUGUAUACGAGUAUGCAUGUCUGUGUGGGUCGCAUUCUCUUGGGUGGUAACUCCAAGACCUCUUUUACUUGCCGCGAGCUGCAGGAAUAUCAGAUUCAACAACAGUAGAAUGAGACCCUCUGUAGAAAUCAACAGGGAUCAGCUGCCAACCCUACACAGGCCCAGCUGUCACACACUUGCAGUACACAGAUGCAGGAUUGCCGAACCAGAGGCAAGGGGCAAAACCAUCUCCUUCGGUCUGAGUCCUGGGUUCGAAAGCAGGUUCUCUCUCCUACCAAACAAUUCUGCUGCUCCCGGCUCAAGCUUCGAGUUCCGUCUGUCUGUCUAUAUCUGUACCUCUUCAUCUUCUGAAGCACAAACUUACCGCCAAUGUAGAGGGAAAUGUAACAAACAAAUGUACUUAUUAUUAUUAUGAUGAUGAUGAUUAUGAGUAUUAAUAGUAUCAUUAUUAUUAUAACUGUAUAUUGUAUUAUAUUAUAUGACAGCUUUUUUUUUUUUUUUUUACAAAUCGAAAAAACCUUCAACAUAUCGCCUGAUAGUCUCAACAUAUUCUUGCAAAUAAUAAAAGGACUGACCAUAAA